AUGGAUUUGGUAGAGAAAAUUGGGAUUAAUGCAGAUAAUAUGUUAAGAGAACUCCAAUUUAGCGACGAUUUGGAACACGAAGUUCUUAAAUCGUUUUUAAGAACAAUUCCUUUAUAUUUUGAAUGCAAUGAUUUAUUUGCUGAACAAUUAGCUUUAUUUUUAGAUCCAAGUUCUAAGCCAGGUGAAGUUUCAAACGCGGCUAUAAACUGUGCGCGAAAAAAAUGCCAAGCCUAUUAUUUUGAAAAUAUUUUUUCUGGCAAAUUGAAUAAAUCACUACAAGAGGCAAAUAAAGAAUUGGAAUGCUAUAUUAAUCGUCCCCAAUCAACUUUAGAUGAUGAUAUUAAUCCAUAUGAAUGGUGGCAAGGUUCAAAGCAAAUACUUCCUGGAUUAGCUGCUCUUGCUAGAGAAUAUUUGCCUACACUAACGGUGGAUAAAGAAGAUCCAGUAAAAAAUUUGGAUAAAUUUAUAAAAAUUUAUAAUAACGAUGAUGAUGAAGAUAUGGCAGAAAAAAUAGCAUUUUUACAAUAUAAUAUGAAAUAUAUUGAUCUAUAUUUAUGA